AAUGAAGAAAUUGAUGAGGAUGGUGGUGGUGAGUUUUCUUCUGGUUAUUUUGUUUGGGGUAAGAUUAAGAAUCAUCCAUGGUGGCCGGGACAGGUUUAUGAUCCGGCUGACGCGUCGGAUUAUGGGGUGAAGCUUCGACAGAAGGGAAGACUCCUUGUUGCGUACUUCGGUGAUAGUUCAUUUGCAUGGUGCCAUCCAUCUCAAUUGAAGCCUUUCGAAGAGAAUUUUGAGGACAUGUCGAAGUUGAGUAGCUCUAAGAACUUUGUCAAUGCUGUAUGGGCUUCCGUUGAUGAAAUCAGAAGACUUGUGGAGUCGAAAAUGACUUGCUCGUGUGUUCCGAAGGAGAACUGUGUUGGACUCGACCGACUUCUAGCAGAUAAUGCUGGAAUAAAGGAAGGAGUUCUUGUUCCUGAAGGUGGAAUUGAAAAUGUUUCAGUUGGUCUCUUUGAGCCUAAAGAAGUUCUUUGUAAAUUGAAACAAGUUUCACAGGCUCUUUCGACUAGUAAUUUGCUUGAAUGUGCAGUGUUGAAGGGUUGGCUAUCUGCUUAUAAUCGAUCAAUAGGGCGCCCUCGAAUUCUUAUGGACCAUGAGCUGCUCUUGAAUCCGGACACUGAAGAAAAUUUUAGAACUUUUUUGGCGGAUAUGGGUGAUUAUAGCGAGGAAGUGGGAAACCCAAUCACUACGCCAGCUGAAAAAGAUUGGAUUUCUUCUUUGUCUGGUCCGAAAUUUGGCCAAGGCAUUCGGACUUCCACAAGGCAUUCGGAGAUUACAGAGAAUGCCAUGCAUCAAGGGAGGAAACAGAAAAGCAUUGCUGAAAUCUUGAAAACUGAUAUAGGUGUUCAGGCUCAUAAGGUAACAAAGUCCGCUAAACAAGCAUCCUUUUCUCGUAGGAAAAAGGCAAAAGUCGAUUAUAAAGCUAAUGAUGAUGGUGGCAGUAAUUCGAGCUUUGUACCAAGAAAGGGGAAGCAAACUGAGCUUUCAGGAUCUCAUGCUGAAACUGAUGCCAUUGGAGCCAAGAAAGAAAUGGAUAAGGAUUAUUCAUCAAGAGGAAGGAAAAUGAAGAGCAAACAAGCAAGCGAUAAUAACGGUGAUGAUUCAGGCAAAGAAGAUACUAAUACUGUCUCGGCUAAAAGGAAAGAAGACCCUAAUACUGUCAUUGGAACAAUCAGUAGGAAUGACUCUUUUUCGAGAGAAAGGAAGAAAAGCAAGUACUUAUCUCCUCCUUACACUAGUUCAACUGGGAAGCUGAGGAAAUCAGGCAUAGAAGAUGAAUCCAUAGAGGCUUCCAAUGACACCCGAUCCAGAGAGACGAUGAUUAAAGCUACUGGCAAUCCUGUUAUCAGUGAAAGGAACGAACUCUCUGAAGAAGUUCAUGCAGAGCAAGAAGCAUCAAAUGAAUUAAGAUCUCUAAUACCAAAACUGUACCUUGACCGGAUAAUUGAUCUGGAAAAAGCUGAAACUCCUGCAAAUGAAGUUCUAGUAGCAGUCCGUUCUAUAGCUCUUAGUCCACAAUACCAAAGGGACAAUGGCUCCUUCGAACUUAUUGUGAAGUUUUUAUCUGCAUUCAGAAGCUCAGUUUACCGAGAUGGAUCUGACUACAAAAUGUAUAAUCAGCUCCAACAACAUAAAAGAAGAAAAUCUCCGGACUUUUCGGCAGUGUCAUUAGGAAAAGACCGGUCUACAGCUGGUCUGGUUCCCUCUGGACAUAAAUCCCAUAAGAAAAAAGUUGGAAAGAAAGAAGAAACAGAGAUGGGUCAAUCCAAACCCAGGGAAGCUACCUGGACAUCACUGAAGAAAACCCAGAAACCAAAGCCGUAUAAACGUAAACGGAAGCAAACUGUCACAGCUGCAGUUUUGAAGAAAAAUGAUAAAGAAGCUGAUGAAGAUAAAUUACCUGCUGCCCUUUUCGUGACAUUUGGCCCUGGAUCCUCGUUGCCUACGAAGGAUGACCUUGUCCGAAUAUACAGCAAGUAUGGAGCACUGGAUAUGGAGGAUACCGAUAUGUUCUACAAUAAUUUCUGUGCUCGCAUUGUCUUCUUAAGAACCUCUGAUGCUGAAGAAGCCUUCAGCAGCUCACAAAACGAUAGCCCUUUCGGAUCUGCCAAUGUCAGUUUCCGGCUUCGACUUCACGUGACCACAUUAUCUCAAAACCAGAGGGAAAUACCGAGUUCCAAGAACUCUUCUUCUCUAGUGGAGGAUGGAAUUGAAAGAUCAACCAAGUCAUCGGCUCCCGGAAAUUUGCAGCUUAACCACAUCAAGAAGAAGCUCGAGAUGCUGACAUCGAUGCUGGAGAUACCAGAUGAAAAAAUGUCAUCAGAGACUAAAUCCAAGAUACAAAACGAGAUAAAAGGGCUCUUGGAGGUUGUAAACACAAUGGUUGAAUCUUCAUCUUAAGCAAAAAUGGCUUCAGAUUUAGGAUGUAUGGGAUAUGUAGUUCAUGUCAUGUUACAUACAUUGGGUUAGGGAACUUGUAUGAAGUAUAUAGGAUAGUAGUACUUUAUAGUUACCAUUUGCAUUUGUUAAAAACUUAAAAUCACCACAUGCUACAGAUAGCAUAAACUGCCCCAAG